AUUUUGUUUUUCGAACUUUUUUUGUUAUUCAUGAGAUAUAUUUAGUUACAAAUAUGUACACAUAUUUCAAAUUACUUAGAAAACUACUUCAGUCGCAUUUAUUCAAGUAAUACCCCAAAUAAAGAUUAUGCGAUAACGCACGGACCAGGUUCGAUUUAAGGUCAUUUCUACUAGUGCUACACAAUUGGCCUAAACAUACUAAACAUAUCUAAUAUACGUACAUAUGUAUGUAUGUAUGUAUGAAUGUUUAUGUUUGCGACGUUAUGGAUUUCAGUUUUAACUCUUUGCAGUAAUAAAGUAAUGGGCCAAGCGCAAUAAUUUAACCACAUAAUGCGCCGACUAACUACUGAAGAUUAACCAUACAUUUAAGCUACUUAUGUACUUAUGUAUAUUGCUCAAUUUAUUACAUUGAUAAGCCGCGUAUAUACAUACAACGUCCGCUAUUGCUGAAUUCGCCAAAGCCAAAGAUACAUAUAUACAAUGUACAUACUUAUAUGUGCAUACAAUAAAAUAAAUGCAUAUUGCGAGCUUUCUUAUCAAUGCAAUAGUAAUGUAAUCUCAGUUUAAAGUACUCUUCCGAUGCUACGGUUCUUUGCUGUAACUCAUUGCUGUGUGAACAUUAGUGCUAUUUUUUUGGACUGUUAUACAUUAAGCGCGAAGCAUUUCGUAAUUUUUACCACAGUUAUCUACCAAGAUGCAACACGGUUUAAACAAUCUAAAAGUAGCCGAAGCACAAGAUAUAAGCCGCUUGCACGAUUCUUUCUUUAUUUUUUUGCUAUGCACUUCGCUUUUGAUCAGUUUUAAUUUCCGAAAUAGAGUUCUCUCUUUGUUACCUCAGUGCAUUGAUCCAUGAAAGACCAGUUUCUAGUUUGAAUUGUUUCUGGCAAGCUGAGUAUCUUUCUCAAGCGCUAUCAAACUUAGCCAUAUGUAUGUAGCUGUGCUUGCUUGCAUUGUGCGUUAGUCUGGUUAGAGCUUUUCAUGCGAUAGCCACAAUUUGUAUGAAGUGAAGUGAAAGCAAUGCUUUAUAAAUAUCUCUUUACUCGUUUCAAUGGAUGUACUAAAGAUUAAAUUUGACUUAAAUUUUGACAAAAAAUCACUUUCUGGAUUAAAUUUACGAAACUAAAUUAAUUAUAUUCAUACCAACAUACAUUCACACAUUCAUAUAUACAAACAUAGAUUGAAAGGACGGCCAAUAAUGAUUUCCUCUAUGAAUGUUGUGCAUGAGUUGCGAAACACUGGCCAUAAUAUACAAGGCUAAUUGCUUAUCUAGCAGGUUAGCGAAAUUUAUGUCGCUGUUUUAAUCUCAAGCUUAACUGUGAAUUGACUUGGUGUUAGUGACAUUAUAUCAAUAUAGAUUAAAUAGCUGCGUUAUUUUAAUCACCGUGUGCGGAUAGUGACAUUUAAAAAUGCCAAAUAAGGAUGACGCAAUGGAGAUCGAGACCAUUGGUAGCGGCAGUUCAGCAAAUGGCAACCUCUUGAGCCAAGAGAAAUUCAAAUUACACUUCAGCAAUGUUUUCUAUACUGCUAAACAGAACAAUAAACUGGUUACGAUACUUAAUGACAUAUGUGGAGAGCUCAAAUCUGGUCGUCUAACUGCUGUGUUGGGGCCAUCUGGUGCGGGGAAAACUUCCAUUCUCAAUGUGCUAUCUGGGUUUAAAGCAAGUGGUGUGUCAGGCAAAAUUACCUUCAAUGGAGAAGAGCGAAAUAACUUGGCAUAUCGCAAGGUAUCAAGCUACAUUCCACAAGAUUUUGCCUUGCUCGAUUUAUUAACGGUGCAGGAGACCAUGAGCGAUUCGGUGGAUCUUAAAUUGCCUUCAGAAACAAAGUCCGAAGAAAAAGAAAAAAUUGUCAACGACAUUAUUCGGAUACUAAAUAUGGAAAAGUGUCGACACAGAUUAGUGCGUAAUCUUUCUGGUGGUGAGAGGAAACGUCUAUCUAUCGCUAUAGAAUUGGUCACCAAUCCUCCAAUUAUGUUUUUUGAUGAGCCAACUAGUGGAUUGGAUAGUGUAUCCAGUUUGCAGAUAAUCAACUAUUUGAAACAAUUAGCGCUUGAUGGCCGGAUAAUUGUUUGUGUAAUUCACCAGCCAAGUUCGAAACUUAUGAAACUAUUUGAUGAUGUUAUAGUUAUGUCGCGAGGAAAUAUGGUUUAUUCAGGACCAAAAGCGGAUAUGAUUCCCACUUUUGAGAAAGCGGGCUUUACAUUUCCCGAAUAUUACAACCCAGCCGAUUUCGCUUUAGAGGUGAGCAGUGAAGAGCACAAUGAACAAAUCUUGAAUUUAAUUGAAAGUAAUAAGAUACGUUAUUGUGGAACAUAUACCCAUCCUAAUGAAGACGAAACGGAUGCAAUAGACGAAAAUACCAAAAUAUUAAAUAACUCAAAUAAUCACACCACAAUUGAUGUGCCAUCGCACAGUGACACCGAAAGCAGGCGAUCAGCACAUGAACGAUGCAGAUUCACAACCAUACGUCCCGAAGCCAAGGUAGGGAUCUACAGGCAAAUGGUCAUACUCACACGGAGAUCCCUACGUACAAUGUCAAGGAACUUGAUAGCAGUACAAUUACGUGUUGUAGUGCAUGUUAUUGUUGCAGCUCUUGUUGGGGCAGUAUUUUGGGAUAUCGGCAAUGACGGUGCCAGGACUUUAACAAAUAUUUCUUGCAUUUUUUUCAUUAUAAUGUUUAUAUUCUUUGGCAACGCUAUGCCUUCAAUUUUGCUAUGUCCUCAGGACACGCCGGUUUUUAUACGUGAGUACUUAAACGGUUGGUAUUCCCUUAGAGCGUAUUAUGCGUCAAAACUUACCUCAGAUCUUCCGAUGCUCUUAAUUUGUCCAACAUUAUUUACGGCGAUAAUUUACUUUAUGACUAGUCAACCGGACGAUGCUCUACGAUUUGCUAUGUGCUGGGUCGUUAGUAUAAUUUUGGCCAUUGUAGGUCACUUUAUGGGAUUAGCGUUUGGGUCGAUAUUCGAAUUGCAGAUGGCAAUCCUAUUAGUACCUGGAAUAUCGAUUCCGUUUAUGAUUUUUUCAGGGUUUUUUAUACGUAUUCAUGAAUUGUCAGAUAUUUUUCGGCCAUUAUGUGAUAUCUCCUUCUAUCGUUAUACCAUGGAAGCAUUUAUUCAAGCAAUAUAUGGGUAUGGUCGCCCCGAUUUACAAUGUUAUAGAGAAUUUUGUUACUUUAAAUCACCAAGUAAAUUGUUAAAGGAGUUGGAUAUGGAAGCCGACUUAUAUGGCCACGACAUUUCCGUGCUUUCCAUUUGGAUACUAUUCUUUAUGGUGUUAUUUUUCAUUAGCUUAGUUUUACGUAUUAAACGUGAGCAAUAAAUAUACAGAAUUUUCGUUUUAUCAGUUAAUUUUUACAUUAACUAUCGCAAAAAUAUAAGUAUGGAGAAAAUACUAUAUAUUUAUUGAUCAAUUACAAACGCGAUUCCAUAUGACAAAGGCAAGUGAUUUAGCUUUCUAAGAGCACUCCAGAACACUGUAUUUUUGAUUGGAAUUAUUACGUUAAACUAAAAAUUUUAAAAUUCCCAUUUGUACAAAUAUAUAUUUCUAAUACUGCUUGGUUAUUAACAAAUAUGUUUGAGAGGAAGGUGUUAAUGAUAAAAUAAAUUGUGUUAAUUCAAUUUGAAUAUCAAUAUUGUGCAUUCAGAAAUUUUGUAAUAUGGAACAAAUUAAUAUUAUUUGGUAGCAAUUUAUGUAAGACAUACGUAUGUACAUCACAACAAUUAUAUUUAACAACAUAAGAACUCAUGAAUAAUACUUAAAAAACCGUAAAAAUUUAAUCGUUUUCAGUCACUGGCAUACUUUUACAAAAAUAAAGUUCAUAUUUAACUUUGUAGUGUA